AAUGGAUCUUGAACUAUCCAUCUUAUUCACUUGUGAGGAAAAGAAUAUCAAGUUGAUUUACAACCCAGAAGUGUCACAUGUUAAUCUAGCUACAGUGAUUCUUUACGUGAGAGACCUCUUCGAAGAGAGUGCUAAGAUGUCACAGAAUGGAGAACAAGUCGGAGUCGAGGAUAUCUUGAAAAAUUUACACACCAAUAUUGAAGUCCACCCUACAUCCGGACUCACAGAUUCUAGUAGUUAUGAGGUCUGGAUAAACGCAAAGAAUCAAUUGGUCAAGAUCCAGACUGUUUGUAAUAUGUUCAAGCCUCCUGGGGAGGAUGAAGAGAAGGUGCAUGAAGUCAUAGAAUUCAACGUUGAUCUACUCCCUCAGGCUCUCCAGCAUCAAGUCGAUUCUCAAGAUCCUGUUGUUAGCAAGAAAUCCAAGACUAAAAUAUUCGAUUAUGGGUCUAGAAGUUAUUCCACCCAAAAUGAAGAAACAAAGGAAGAGGUUCUUGGAGAUGAAGAUGCUCCAACUUUUGGAGGAGCUGCUCUCAAGAGCAGAAAGGUUCCUGUGAAAGAUGGUGUGUCUCAGCACCAAUUCAUCAUUGAAAACAAAGCUGCUAAGGCUUUGGUCAAAGAUCCAAAUACGGUUUUUAUCACAUCAGCAGAAGUUAAAAAGCAUCGAAAGGCGAAUGACUGAUGGACAAUCUAUGACGGAAAGGUCUAUGACAUUACUUCCUACAUUGCUUCGCACCCUGGAGGUAAGAAAAUCCUUGCCGGAGCCGGCAAGGAUUGCACCAAGCUUUACAAUGACUACCACCCGUGGGUAAACAUAAAGUUCAUAUGUGGUAAGCUACAGAUUGGAGUUUUAAAGGAUUAGCUAUAUUUUCUAUAAAAACUCCAAGUUUU